AUGCCAUCAUUUAAUAAAAUUGCAGUCUACGGACAUCGCGGUUGGGCGAGCUCAGCUAUCGUGGACGCACUCAUCGCGUCCGGCGCGCCAGUGAAAGUACUCUACCGCCCUGACUCGGAUGUUAGCCGUCUUCCAAAUGACGUGCCCAAGGUCGCGGUCGAUCUAGAUAACGAGAAAGCCCUCACUGACGCACUGAAAGAUGUCGACAUCCUACUCUCCUUGGUAGGUCACGAAGGUGUCGUAAAGCAAUACAACUUUAUACGAGCCAUUCCGAACACAAAUGUCAAACUCUUUGUGCCAUCUGACCUUGGCUCUCGCGCUGAUGAGGAGAGAGCGACCAUUCCUGUACUAAAGGCCAAAGCCGAAGUGGAAAAGGCUUCCAAAAACGCGGGCAUACCUACCACUGUGGUUCUGCCGGGUAACUUUGCUGAAUCGACAUUUGCCUCCCUUCUUGUUGGGAUUGAUGUUGGCGGCAAUCGAAUUGUCUAUACCGGCGACAGCGAGCACCAGAAAUUAAACGUCUGCUCGAGGCAGUAUGUAGCCGCAGCUUACGCCGCAAUCUUUGCCAAAACCCCAAUCUCUCAGCUUCAGAAUAGGAGCAUUGGACUUUCGGAGUUCAUCGUUACUGGGUCUGAAGUCACUGCAGCACUGGAACGUAAACAUGGGACGCCUCCUCAGAUCUUCCGGCCGAGCGUCGAGCAGGUCAGUAAGGAAAUUGAGGCUCGUCUGCAAAAGGGGGAUAUUUCUGCGAUACCCCUUGGAUACCGCCUGGCCUGGGCGACCGGCAAACACUUGGAGCUUGUGGGCAACGAUAUUUGGGACGUCCAAGGCUACCCAAAGACGACACUCGAGAAGGUGGUCGUGGAGGGUGAUGUGGAGCCUUAUAAGGCCUUCCCACCUCAAUUCGCCGCAUUGAUAGAGACAACAUUCUUCUAG